AUGUCGACCCCAAAGAAUCUAGCUGCGUGGCUCACCAAAGCUGGCUCUCCCCUACAGGUGGAUGAUGCUCCACUUCCCACGGCUGGUCCAGGAGAACUCGUCAUUAAAAACGCCGCAAUUGCUAUCAAUCCUCUCGACUGUCAUAUGCUAGACUCCGGGGUCUUCGUGAAGCAAUGGCCCGCUAUCUUCGGUUGCGACAUCGCCGGUGAGGUGCAUGAAGUGGGAGAUGGCGUUGAACGCUUCAAGAAAGGGAAUCGUGUAAUUGGACAUGCUAUCAAUUUGACUAGCGGGCGCCCAGAAGAUGGCGCAUUCGCUCUGUACACGGUGAUUCCUGCAACCAAAGCAGCCAUACUCCCUGAUGAAAUAUCUUUCACAGAUGGUGUUGUGGUUCCGUUCGCAUUGGAAGCGGCUGUCUGCGUGCUUUCCCUCAAGGAGCCCGGCUUCGCCAUGCCCGGUGUAAAUACACCUGCACUGAGCCUUCCAUAUCCCUCACUACAGGAGGUGCCAUCUAGUGGAAAGACGCUCGUUAUAUAUGGUGGCUCUUCCUCUGUGGGCUCGAUGACAACCCAGCUUGCCGCAUCGACCGGAAUUCAUGUCAUCGCCAUUGCCGGAGCACAUAAUUUCGAAUUCAGCAAGCGGUGCGGCGCAGCUGAAGUAUUUGACCGCAAUGAUGAUUCACUUGUCGACAAGGUUACCGACGCAAUUCGACAGAAUGGUGGCGAGUUCGUUGGCAUCUUUGAUGCUAUAGGCACUGCCGAGACUUACGCCCACGACAUCAUCAUUCUUGAUCAGCUAGGUGGAGGGCAUCUUGCCUCCGUGCAUCCUCCUCCUCCUGCUACCGAUCUCCCCGCGAAUGUCAAUGCCGGUAUGAUCUUUGCUGUCAACGAUGUUGCGAUACCUGUCUGGGAGGAAUAUGUUACUCCUGCGUUGCAGUCGGGAAAGCUCCAGUGCCUCCCACCCCCGCUGGUCGUCGGCAAGGGUUUAGAGCAUGUUCAAUCUGCGUUGGAAAAGUGCAAGGCGGGUGUCAGUGCCACGAAGCUGGUGGUGGAGUUGUAG